AUGGCAAGCCGACGUAGUCGAGAUGCGUCCUUAUGCGCGAUUCAAAAAAGGUUACAAUUACAUUUAACAGUUCUCGAUGUUUUGAGUAAAUACGCAUGGGCUCUACCACUCAAGAGCAAGAACGGAAACGACGUAGCCGCAGCGUUAUCUAAAAUAUUUCGCGAGGACGAACGAUACUCACGAAACCUGCAGACGGAUCAAGGAAAGGAAUUUUACAACGCUACCAUGCAGAAAAACAUUGUUAAGAGAUACAACAUAAAUCAUUAUUCGACGUAUUCGGUGAUGAAAGCGUCGAUGGUGGAACGAUUCAACCGCACACUCAAGAAUAACAUAUGGAAAACGUUCACGUUAAACGGCUCGUACAAAUGGAUCGACGAACUACCGCGUCUAUUGUCAGAUAAACGACUCUUGUCGAUGGUAUAG